AAUUUGCAUAUUCAAUGUACUGGACCAUAUCGAACAUAUCGUAAAAUCCUUUUCCAGCUACAAGUGAAGUAGWAAACGUUGAAUAUGGGAGAACUUAUCGCUCCAGGUCAUGCCAAAUCAGCCGGYAUAGUCGGCAUUUUGAUCCURAUCGUYGCCUUCAUUGAUUUUAUAUGCGGUAUCGUAUGGGUAACGUAUGGUGGUUCAGACGCGCAAGGCAUUUGGUGUGGUUUGCUGCUUAUCGUAACUGGAAUUCUUGGCGUUGUGACAUGGCCAAAAAAGAACAAAGUAACUAUGAUUUUCUUUAUGGUGUUGUGCAUUAUCGACAUAAUAUGUUGCAUYGUACAAACUGCUCUCGCUGGGUUAGCUUUCCUGGUAUGGCAGAUACUUAAAGCUAUAAUYGAAACCAAGUGCAAAAUCAGAGGAGGUCAUUGUGAUUGUGGCAAUGAGAAAAUUCCAAUGGAAUUGGAAGACUGUUCCUGGAUCAGUGCUAUUGAGGCCAUUUUCCUGUGUCUGAUGAUUAUCAAUGGGUUGGGCACUAUAUUUGUCUUUGCUGGUUCCAUUAUUGGAUGUGUUGCWACAUGUUGUGCAUCAAGCCCUCAACAGUCAGGAGUAGUCAUGGUACAGAACCCAAAUACUGCUGGAACAGUUGUCAUUCAUACUACUGCACAGCCAGCAACCUACCCUGCACAGACAGUCACAUACCCUGCACAGCCAGUAACGUACCCAGCACAUGCAGCACCUCCCCCAGCAUAUAGUCAGGAAGCAAACCCUCCUGGACAAUAUCCCAUGGCAGACCCUAUUCCACCAAAAGUCGACUAAUCACAUUCAUGGCAAUCAGUUGUGACAAACCAUAUGUUUGUGAUUUCUAACGUUAUUGUUUUAUUAAUGGUUGUAAAUAGAUAUCUCCUAACAUUGUCCUACCUAAAUUUCUCUUGUCAACUGGACCAGUGAAAUUCUGAAAACUGAAAACAAAGAUAAUUCACUAUUAGCCUAAACAGUUAAUCUGUUUCUGUUUAAAUCAAAACCUAACAGGAUAUAGACAUUGAGGGGAAAUGCACUUCGCCCUCUCAGAAGACUUAUCAAUGGUAACAGGGGGCAACUUAAAAUUUUUGAUGCUGAUUUUUUUUGUCUUGCACAAUCACAAAAGUUCACAUUUUUCUUUCACAGUGGCAUGAUAGUUCAACUCCCUAUAAAAGGAUAUCUAUUUGAUCUAACCUCCAUUUUGUUGUUUUUCACUUUAUAAGUGCAGUGCAUUUGUCCCCAGGAUUAUCCAACAGAAUUGAUUUACCAUAAUUAAUUUUUGGAUAUUUUAUAUAAAACUUCUAUAGCCUGUGUAUACAUCCGGUUUUAUUUGCCAAAAAAAAAACAUCAGUUCUUUUGACAAAUAAAACCGAAUGUAACACUGGCUAAAACUCCUAUUGAAUUUAUAAAAAAGAUUGAUAAGGUGUGCAAGCUUUGAGAAUUACAAUGUAUUGUCAAUUCUACAAUUUUCAUUUWAUUGUGUGACUUAACUAUUAUUCAACUAUUUGUACAUGUAUCAUGAAUCUACUAUCCACAAAAUUUAGAAGAGACUGACCUGCACGUGUGAAUAUAAUAUUAACUAAUUAUUUUUGUGAGUUUAGUGACUUUUUAUUUUUGAUAACUAAGCUAUAUACAUKUAUAUAUAAUAUAUUAGUAUGUUUAUCAUGUUAUCAUCUACUUAGAGCAACUAUUAUUGGUAUAUAAUUGCUAAAGUUUAUAAUCUACAAUACCCGAGCUGUUUAAAAAUGACAAUAAAAUCUAAUUUCAAGA